AUGCAGAACAAGGGAAUGGAAGGCUCACCGGAGAUAGCAGCACAAGAUAAUUCGAAAUGUAAGGAAAGAAAGCUAAAGUUGUGCGAGUUGGAAGAGCUUCGGGAGGAGCCAUAUGAGUGUGCUUCAAAGUAUAAGGAUGGCAUGAAGAGAGCACACGAUGCCAAGCUAAAGGUGAAGGAGUUCGUGGUGGGUCAAAAGGUUUGGCUCUAUAAUUCACGGCUCAAACACUUUCCCGGUAAGCUCAAAAGCAAGUGGAUGGGCCCAUAUGUGAUCACACGGGCCGAGAAGCUAGGAGAUGUUACCAUUGAGGACCUGAAGGAUGGGUCAAAGCAAACGGUUAACGGUCACCGCCUUAAACCGUUCCUUGAUGGUAAUGAGGAGAAAAACGAUGCGAACGUUGAAUUGGAUGUUAUAGCUUGA